AUGAGAAAUAUUAAUAAGUCAGUGGACAAGAAUGUUGAACAAGAGGUUGCAGAGGCUUCUAAAGGGCUCACAUUCAAUCGUGUCAAACUUGGGGCUGAUGAUGACGUUGGAAAGAAGAAGAGAAGACUGUCAAAGGCGAAGGAGCUUGUGAGGGCCGAACUUUUGGAAGAAAUGAAGAAAGAUCCAGAGAAAGGCAAGUCUCUCAUGUGGAAAACAGCAGCCAGUAGAACUGCUCGGGUUAAAGUUCAUGAUGAUCUAAAGUUGCUGAAACAAAGCUUUAAUAAAGAGAACAAGAAGCAUCAGAAGAAUGCUGAGAAAUGGAAGGAAAGGGUUGAAACCAUAAACAAGUUGAAAGCAGACAAACAAAGGAGAUCUGAUAAUAUAUCGGCAAAACUUGAGAGAAGAAAAAGCGCAAAAUUGCAAAGAGAGAAGAAACUAAUGCGGUCAGGAUUUGAAGGUCGCAAAGAAGGUUAUGUCAAUGGGGGUGCAUAA